AUGAGUAACGAAAAUCGAUAUGCUCCACUCUUAGCACGGUCUACUUCCGAUAUUAUGGAAGAUCCUUACAGUUGA